AUGGGUACUGGUUGGGCGCGUGGUGAAGCGCGUGUUGCUGACGACUCCGAUUUCCAGACCCUGAAGACGCUCCUCGCUUCGGAGAGCGGCUGGAACCUGGAGUACGAGCGCGACGGCGUCAAAGUGUGGACGGAGGACGCGGCCCACGGCGCGCUUCGCACCGUCAAGGUGGUCGCAGAGUUUGCGGAUGUCGAGCCAGACGCGUUGUAUGACGUCCUCCACGACCCAGAAUACAGAUCAGUUUGGGACACGCAUAUGCUGGCGGCGGAAGACGCUGGCCACAUCAACGUUAACAAUGACGUUGGAUACUAUGCAAUGUCAUGUCCGGCGCCACUCAAGAACCGCGACUUCGUACUCCAGCGGUCGUGGCUGGACACGGGGGACGAGAAGAUGAUCCUCAACCAUUCCGUCUACCAUAAGGACUUUCCGCCUAGAAAGGGAUAUGUCAGGGCACUGUCGUUGCUGACUGGUUUCGUGGUUCGGAACAGACCUGACGGUCAGGGCAGCUGGCUCGGUUAUGUGUCGCGUUCUGACCCGCGUGGCGCUCUGCCCGCUUGGCUUGUAAACAGGUGA